AGUCGCCUCUGAUGGUCGAGUCGUUGCAAAUCCAGAGCGCGCCCGAGCGCGAAAAGUGGGGAAAGCAAAUCGAAUUCGUUCUCUCGGGCAUCGGGUUUGCCGUCGGACUCGGAAACAUAUGGAGAUUCCCAUACUUGUGUUACAAAAACGGUGGAGGGGCGUUUCUUAUUCCAUACUUCAUAUGCCUUGUCACUGGAGGUAUUCCUAUCUUCUUUUUAGAAGUUGGUCUCGGACAAUUUAUGAGCGAAGGAGGAAUCACUGCUUGGAAUAUCUGCCCAAUAUUUAAAGGGAUAGGCUAUGGAACCACAAUAAUCUGUUUUCUUUUGAAUGUGUACUACAUAAUUAUUCUGGCUUGGGCGUUCCACUACUUCGUGAACUCAUUUUGCUGGGAGUUACCAUGGAGCUCUUGCGAUCAUUGGUGGAACACGGAAAAUUGCUUCCGAGGAAAAAACACUUCUUCUGCCGUUUUGGCUCCUGUAGAUCCUGUCAUAGAAUAUUGGGAGAGGAAAGUUCUGAAAAUCAGCUCUGGCAUAGAAGAAAUUGGCAGUGUAAACUGGGAACUGGCUUUAUCUCUGCUAUUUGUCUGGAUUGUAGUUUUCUUUUGUGUGCAAAAUGGGAUAAAAACUUCAGGGAAGGUUGUCUACUUCACAGCAAUAUUCCCAUACUUCAUGUUAACUGCUCUUUUAAUUCGUGGUGUGACAUUGGACGGGGCUCUUCAGGGUCUUGAGUUUUAUCUCAAACCGAAUUUCUCAAAGCUGACAGAAGCACAGGUAUGGAUCGACGCAGGUACACAAAUCUUUUUCUCCUACGCCAUUGCUCUUGGCUGCAUGACUGCUCUCGGGUCUUAUAACAACUUCAACAACAACUUUAUCCGGGACUGUAUCUUCAUAUCAUGUGUCAACAGUUCAACCAGCCUAUACUCGGGCUUAGCUGUGUUCAGUGUACUAGGCUUCAUGGCUAAAGAGCUCGGAGUUCCUGUUGCUCAGGUAGCGGAGUCUGGUCCAGGCUUAGUGUUCAUCGCGUAUCCGAAGGCAGUCACUCAGAUGCAAUAUUCGUCCGUCUGGGCAGCUUUAUUCUUCUUCAUGAUCAUUCUCAUGGGAUUGGACUCCCAGUUCGUGGGAGUUGAGGGAUUUGUAACAGCUGUUGUGGAUUUGUUUCCAAACACAUUGAGGAAGGGACGAAGAAGGGAAUUGUUCAUCAUUGUUGUCAGCAUCAUCAGUUACGCAAUAGGUCUCCUCAUGGUUACUAAUGGAGGCAUGUACAUCUUCCAAGUGUUUGACUACUACGCAGCCAGCGGGAUGGUACUGUUAUGGUUCUGCUUCUUUGAGUGUGUAGCCAUAGCUUACUUCUAUGGCGUGGACAGGUUCUAUGAAAAUAUCGCCACUAUGGUAGGAUAUCGUAUGAACUCUUGGAUGAGAUGGUGUUGGCUUUACUUCACACCAUUUGUUACUAUGGGCAUCUUGAUUUUCUCAACCGCUUCAUCACUACCCCUAACCUACAACAGAGACUACGUGUAUCCCCAAUGGGCAAUUACUAUUGGCUGGACCAUGGCCCUUGUUCCUAUGUCUCUUAUUCCACUGUAUUUCUUCUGGCACCUUUUCUCACAGACAGGAACAAUAUCUGAGAAAUGGAAAAAAGCAACCGAGCCAAUAAUAAAGAAUAACUGCUCCUGAAAAAAAGGAAGUCCAAAGGCCUAUCACAUGGGAUACCUAACGAGAUCUGUUUCGCUCUCUUUCUACCAAAGACGAUUGUUUGUUGUUUGUACAUAACAAAUAAAGAAUU